AGUUUGCAGGAGCAUGGACAUCCGCAACAACCUGACCCGGCUGAACAUGCUGGAGAACUGCACCGUGAUCGAGGGCCACCUGCAGAUCCUGCUGAUGUUCAAAACCAAACCCGAGGAUUUCCGCGAGCUCAGCUUCCCCAAGCUGACCAUGAUCACGGACUACCUGCUGCUGUUCCGUGUCUACGGCCUGGAGAGCCUCAAGGGGCUCUUCCCCAACCUCACAGUGAUCCGAGGGACUCAUCUGUUUUUCAACUACGCCCUGGUGAUCUUUGAGAUGGUUCAUCUGAAGGAAAUCGGCCUCUACAACCUGAUGAACAUCACCCGCGGCGCCGUGCGCAUCGAGAAGAACAACGAGCUCUGUUACCUGUCCACCAUUGACUGGUCCAGGAUUCUGGAUUCUGUGGAGGACAAUUACAUCGUGGCCAACAAGGAUGACAAGGAGGAGUGUGGGGAUGUGUGCCCGGGCACGGUGAAAGGGAAGAGCAACUGUCCCCCAACGGUGAUCAACGGGAUUUUCAUCGAGCGCUGCUGGACGCACGAUCGCUGCCAGAGAGUGUGUCCCCCCGCCUGCAARUCCCAGGGCUGCACCGGGGACGGGCAGUGCUGCCACAGCGAGUGCCUGGGCGACUGCACGGAGCCCGAYGACCCUGGCAAGUGUGUGGCCUGCCGAAACUUCUACCUGGAGGGGAGAUGUGUCCCCAGCUGUCCCCCUGGGUACUAUCGAUUCGAGGGCUGGCGCUGYGUCACCUUYGCCUUCUGCCAGGAGCUGCACAACAAAUGCCGGAGCGCCCGCGAGUCGGGCUGCCACGUCAUCCACAACAACGAGUGCGUGCACGAGUGCCCCUCGGGAUACAUCAUGAACUCCAAUAACAUAGCAGCUGAGCUGGAAGCAAACCUUGGCUUGAUAGAAGAAAUCUCAGGUUACCUAAAAAUCCGCCGCUCUUAUGCCUUGGUUUCUCUUUCUUUUUUUCGGAAACUCCACCUGAUUAGAGGAGAGACACUYGAAGCUGGGAAUUACUCAUUUUAUGCCUUGGACAACCAGAACCUUCGCCAGCUCUGGGACUGGAGCAAACACAACCUGACCAUUGCACGAGGCAAACUCUUCUUCCAUUACAACCCCAAGCUGUGCUUGUCAGAAAUCCACAAGAUGGAAGAGAUUUCGGGCACCAAGGGGAGACAGGAGAGGAACGACAUCGCCCUGAAGACCAACGGGGACCAAGCCUCGUGUGAAAAUGAGCUGCUGAAAUUUUCUUCCAUCAGGACUUCCCACGACAAGAUCCUGCUGAAGUGGGAGCCCUACUGGCCCCCUGAUUUCCGUGACCUGCUGGGAUUUAUGCUGUUCUACAAAGAGGCUCCCUACCAGAACGUGACAGAAUUCGAUGGACAGGAUGCCUGUGGCUCCAACAGCUGGACAGUGGUGGAUGUUGAUCCUCCCCCCCGUUCCAACGAGCCCAAAGCCCAGGCCCAGCCUGGCUGGCUGCUGCGGGGCCUCAAGCCCUGGACUCAGUACGCCGUGUUUGUSAAAACCCUGGUCACCUUCUCGGACGAGCGGCGCACCUACGGCGCCAAGAGCGAGAUCAUCUACGUGCAGACCAACGCCACGGUCCCAUCCGUCCCUUUGGAUCCCAUCUCCGUCUCCAACUCCUCAUCCCAAAUCAUCCUCAAGUGGAAGCCGCCCUCAGAGCCCAAYGGGAACAUCACUCAUUACCUGGUGUACUGGCAGCAGCAGGCAGAGGACAGUGAGCUCUACGAGCUCGAUUACUGCCUCAAAGGAUUAAAGCUGCCCUCGAGGACRUGGUCCCCUCCUUUUGAAUCUGAAGACCCCCAGAAGUACAACCAGAGYGAGGCUGAGGAUGUGAGUGGGGAGUGCUGUUCCUGCCCUAAAACAGACUCCCAGAUACAGAAGGAGCUGGAGGAGUCUGCUUUCCGCAAGACCUUCGAGAAUUACCUGCACAACGAGGUUUUUGUGCCCAGGCCCUCGAGGAAGCGAAGGGACCUCGGCUCGGUGGCCAACGCCACCGUGGUGUUUCCCACCAUCCCCACCUCUCCCAACAACUCAGCCGAGGGCACAGAGGAGCAGAAACCUUUCGAGAAGGUGCUGUCCAAGGAGUCUCUGGUGAUCUCGGGGCUGCGGCAUUUCACCGGGUACCGCAUCGAGCUGCACGCCUGCAACCACGACGCGCAGGAGUCGCGCUGCAGCGUGGCAGCCUACGUCAGUGCCAGGACCAUGCCAGAAGUGAAUGCUCAGCCAAAUAUUGCUGUUAUCAUCGUUCCCAUUAUUUUUGCCAUAAUAAUUGCUGGAAUUAUUGGAGCUACUUAUGUCCUUGUGAAAAAGAGACAAACSGAAGGACCAACGGGACCCCUGUACGCAUCCUCCAACCCCGAGUACAUCAGUGCCAGUGAUGUUUAUGUCCCUGACGAAUGGGAGGUGCCACGGGACAAGAUCACGCUGCUGAGGGAGCUGGGGCAGGGCUCCUUCGGGAUGGUGUACGAGGGCAUCGCCAAGGACAUCGUCAAGGGCGAGCCCGAGACGCGCGUGGCCGUGAAGACGGUGAACGAGUCUGCCAGCCUGCGAGAGCGCAUCGAGUUCCUCAACGAGGCCUCRGUGAUGAAAGGCUUCAGCUGCCAUCAUGUGGUUCGCCUCCUCGGGGUGGUCUCCAAGGGACAGCCSACUCUGGUGGUCAUGGAGCUGAUGGCACACGGGGAUCUGAAAAGUUAYCUCCGCUCUUUGAGACCUGAAGCUGAGAACAACCCCGGGCGGCCGCCGCCCACGCUGCGGGAGAUGAUCCAGAUGGCGGCGGAGAUCGCCGAUGGCAUGGCCUACCUGAACGCCAAGAAAUUCGUGCACAGGGACCUGGCRGCUCGGAACUGCAUGGUGGCAGAGGACUUCACCGUGAAAAUCGGGGACUUUGGGAUGACCAGGGAUAUCUACGAGACGGAUUAUUACCGCAAAGGGGGCAAGGGGCUGCUGCCCGUGCGCUGGAUGGCCCCGGAGUCGCUCAAGGACGGCGUCUUCACCACCUAUUCCGACGUGUGGUCAUUUGGUGUUGUCCUUUGGGAAAUCAGCAGCUUGGCGGAGCAGCCGUACCAGGGACUCUCCAAUGAACAGGUGCUAAAGUUUGUCAUGGAUGGAGGAUACCUGGAUCAGCCGGACAACUGCCCUGAGAGGCUGCACAGCCUGAUGCAGAUGUGCUGGCAGUACAACCCCAAGAUGCGCCCCACCUUCAUCGAGAUCAUCGAGAUGCUGAAGGAGGACUUGCACCCCAGCUUCCACGAGGUCUCCUUCUUCUACAGCGAGGAGAACAAACCUCUGGAGACCGAGGAGUACGAGAUGGACUUCGAGAACAUGGAGAGCAUUCCCCUGGACCCCUCCUCGUACUCACAGAGGGACAAAGCGCUGGGGAGGGACAAUGGCCCCUCCAUGGCCCUCAAGGGCAACUACGAGGAGCACAUCCCCUACACUCACAUGAACGGUGGCAAGAAAAACGGGCGGAUUCUCUCCAUGCCCAGGUCAAGUCCUUCCUAACACUUCCUGUUCAGCCCAAGGGUUGUGUCUGCUUUUUUCCCCCCUCCACAAAUCUCAGGACUCUUGUUAUUGCUGCCACAGUGUAUGACACACAUCUACAAACUCGUCAGAUUUUUAAUCAUCUUACGAUUAAUUUUUUUUUUUUUUUUUUUUUUGCCAAGUUGACUGGUUGUCAGUGGACUUAUCUGUGAACAUAAAUGGAAGAGGUUUCCAUGGCUGCUGUCCCUGCUGUAACCAUGGUUUCACAACAGGAAGCGACCGUGUGAGUUCAACUGAAGGAGAAGCAUCCGCGUUUGCCAGCAGAAGACUCAAAGUCCUCUAGUGUCUGAGCUGCGGAACAAGAGCAUUUCCAGUAGAAUUCCAGGCUUUCAGGCAGGCUCUCCACCACAGCUGAAGGAUUCACCACAUCAGUCGGACGCGCCAGAUCCUCACAUUGACCAAUAGCUGCUGCUUUCAUACUUUUUGUUUUUCGAGGGGUGAAACCCCAGGGGUGCGUGCGUGGGCGUGUGUGUGCGUGUGUGCAGUAUCAACACGUGGGGUGUAACCCACAGCAAACGAGACAUUUCUGGGUUUSUACACAACUUACAGYGCUCCCAGGCACAUGGUGGGAYCCUCCUGCGCAGGRGGUCCCUUCCAACUCAGCAUAUUCUAUGAUUCUAUGUUCUCACAGGAGCUUUCCUCUUCUUGGAAGUGUGUACUUAUCUUUUUUCCCCAGUUUCCCUGGAGGGACUGAAUCCUAAACAGAUUAUUUUUAUACUGAGGACUCUUGGGAGCAGGUUUUCUCUCAUUAACAAAUGAGGAAAACGUGCCGGGAGCGAAAUGAGCAGAAAAUCUGAGAUUUGUGGGUACUUUUAAGACCAAACGAAGUAGGAGUCCCCUGACCUGAGACACAGARUUUUCUGUCCCUACAGCAUUGAGUAUAUAUAUUGUUUGUUGUAACAUAUUUAAAGAUGUCUUUAGUUUAAAUUUUAACUUCAUAUAAAUUAUUGACUGUUCAUGAUCCUUUUGGGGCGGGGAGAGUUUUGGGGGAUUGUUUGGUCUUAAAGUGGUCCAAAGAUUUCAGAAUGAACGAACUUGAGCCUUGCAGGAGCGAUGAAGCACAGUUCAGUUGAUACUUGACAAGGCUUUGUGACAGUUUCACCAUUUAUACAACACGGUCAGCUGGCUCCAGUCCAAGCCCCAUCUUUUGGAGCUGAAGGACACAGAUCCCAGCCUCCAGUCCUGCUCCUCCUUCGCCCCCAUGCCCCUGGAUUUGCCUUCGGUGCCGCAGCUGCUGAGAGAGGACAAGCACAGCUGGAGCAGAGGAAGGGAGCGUAGCUCACUGCCUGCUCGCCGCUGCCACAUCCAGCCCUGCAUCCCCCAGGAUUCCAGUGAAAGAAUUCCCAGCACAGUCGGGGUGUCAGCUCUCGCCGUCAGCACCGUGCUUGGUUGUUUUGCUGCUUGCAGAGGUGGAGCUGAUGGGCACCUGAUGUUGGAGGAUAAUGGUGAAACUCAACCAGGGGUGGUCGCGUGGAGGGAGCGAGCUGGCGCGAGCGGGAGAGGAAGAUGAUGGAUGUCAAGCCUGUGUCAUGCAGGAGGUGCUGGAAAAGCAGGGCAGAGAUGCUCAGUCCUCCACUUGUCCUCCUGGAGAGGUCCACGAUCUGUUCAGUGCUCUCUGCCAGGAGCAGAGGUGCCCUGGCUCAGGAGAGCAGGAACGCAGAGCUGCUCCGUGGUUCCAGCGCGGGCAGCGCUGCUGCUGUGAGCGAAGGAGAGGGGCCAGAGCCCGUGGGAAGAGCUCUCCCAGCCCACACCCGUGGCUGCAGCUGCUUCUGGAACCUCUUCCCYCAGCUGCUUCUGGCCAAAACAGCACUUCAGAGCCAUCCAAGGGGGCACAGCGGACUCUGGGCAGCGCCAGGAGCUGUGGGGCCCUUUGCUGCUGGAGGCUGGGGGUUCAGCCCCAGUGGAGGGUACAGGCUGCUCCACAAAUUUGGGUGGAAAACACAGUCCAGACAUGGGUGAGAGAGAACCUUUGGAUUUCAAAAGGCCUCGUUUACAUUUCUUCUGCUUUACAAGGUCGUAACUGUUUAGCAGCUCUAUACUACACUGCAGGAAAGAAGACAUAUUCUCACACUUUUCUAAGGAAGAGAAGCUUUUCUUAUUAGAAUUUUUUUAUUUAUUUUAAUAUAUAAAACACUGUAAAAAAAAGCAACAAACAAUUUGUUUUCUUAAACACACAGAACGUGUAAAUUUGUAUCCGUAAAAUCUUGGCAGGUGGAUGUGGUGGGAUUAUUUUUGUCCUGUUCUGGUGCAGUCUACCUCAGUGUUUCUUAAGGAUAUUUUUUAAUACAACGCACCUCUAAACCUGUUUAAAUAUUCUGGUCUGGACCUAUUGUGGAUCAGGGAAAAUCAGUAUCAGCUGAUUCCAAUACCAGGGACCAUUCAUGAAGGGAAUGGGAAGGAGAAUGGCUCGUCACUGUUGAUCCCUAAUCUGAACAGUAGUGGCCAAUGAACCCAUUUACAAAUUUGGAUCUGAUCUCAUCCCUUAGUUCUGUUGUGAUUUAGGAAAAAAAAAAAAAAAAAAAAAAAAAAAAAAAAAAAAAAAAAAAAAAGAAAAAAAAAAAAAGAACAAAA